AUGCUGAUUUACAUUUACUGCAUUGCCUUUACUGUUGACAUUUCUCUUCUGCAUCGUGAUCUUCGUAGCAGUGUCAGCAUAUGUACUGGGUUUGGAAAUGGCCCUACUGUUAAUCGCCUACAGAUUAAAUUAGCAAAGAAGCUUACUAAAAAUUCUACGCAAAAGUUGCCCUUCCUUACUUUUGAGACCAAGGGUUAUAAAUCUGCAGUGAUACAGGACGUUCCAAUCUCAUCACCUUUGUCUAGGAGUCAGGUUCUUGAACUUCAAACUGCUCUUGAUAUGGCUCAAGAUAGUCGGGCAGCGAGGGCAGUUCUAAGGGGAGAUGCUCAAUCAGUGCAAGUGAGUGUCAAGCACUUUGGUAAGAGCCUUCAAUGCAAUUUGGCCAAGCCAGACUGCGCUUUUUAUGGGAUUGCUCCCGAAGGUGCUUGUUUGACACUGGUUUUCCAAUUUUUCAUUCCGGGUACCCAUCGACUAGAUAAGUCAAUCAGUAUGCACUGCAGCCUUCCUGUACUUGACCAAGGGUCCAACUGAAGGACUUUGGUUGGUUUACCCAUAUCUGCUCAAGGUUUACAACUUUUGAAGUAGUCAGUAUUUUAUGUCCAGAAAAAUUAGUU